ACCUCGAAUGAGAUCGAGAUUACGCAUACACUUAUCCGUGCAAACAUGUCACGAACAGGAACGAAACUUGACUCCAAAAAAGUUAAUUCCGAAUUGUUUACGUUGACGUACGGAGCACUGGUGGCUCAAUUAUUAAAAGAUUAUGAAAACGUCGAAGAUGUAAAUAAACAACUGGAAAGAAUGGGCUACAAUAUGGGAAUUCGCUUGAUAGAAGAUUUUCUGGCUCGCACUGGAUCUGGACGGUGUUACGAUUUUCGAGAUACUGCUGAGAAAAUCCAGACUGGUUUCAAAAUAUUUUUGGGAAUACAACCAACAAUCACAAACUGGAGUGCAGCUGGUGACGAAUUUUCCUUGUGCUUCGAAGCUAAUCCAUUGAUAGAAUUUGUUGAAUUACCAGAUAACUGUUUAAAUUUGAAGUAUUGUAAUAUAUUGAUUGGAGUAUUAAGGGGAGCUUGUGAAAUGGUACAGAUGGAAAUUGCUUGUUGGUUUGUACAAGACCAACUAAAAAAUGAUAAUGUAACUGAGAUACGUGUCAAAUUUAUUAAGAGAUUAGAGGAUGCUAUUCCAGCAGGUGAAGAUUAAGCAAUUCUUUACUCACAAAGAUAAUUGAAUUGAUUGAAGUGAAGUGUAAACCUUGCAGAAGAGAUUUUUUUAACAAUAAACGCAUUCCAUUCAUGA